GUAGGACUUUUCCGGCCCUACGUCAUCAUAUAAUGUAGUUUUUUAAGGUUUCCCACGAACCCAUAGUUUCAUAUUAUAAUCCGGUUUAAUGUAGUUUGCGAGUAGAACUAGUGCAGACCAAAUCAAAAUUUACCGCCAUCCGCGCAUAAUGUGUAAGAAUUUUUUCAUGGUUUUCCCUAACCACUGGAUAUCUGGAUAGUUUUUUUCGUCCAAAUCGAUUUUAUUUAGGAAUUUCAGGAAUGAGCAGCCUACAAAGCUUCGCUCCCGCUUUGAGCCACUGGUCUUUUGGAGUAGCUGUUCUAAUCGGCCUGGUGUCCUCGGAAUUCACCGGGGCGGAAACUCUGUUGGCAAUUUUCAUCGCCGGCAGUUCCGCAACAUUGUCAGCUAUCUGUAGUUGUACAACGACAAGCAACGAAGAACAAUUCAAACGCAAACGCCUAAGCAACUUGGUCAAUUUCCUCAUCAUAUGGCUGGACAUUCUAACCAAUUUGGUAGCGGCUGCUACUUGUGCCAGAUUAGCCAGUGCCACGGUAGAUUACAUCAGCAAAGGGCACUUUAGGGAGUUUCUAUUUGGCCUGGAACAGCAUUCGCUGGGAGAACCAUGGCCAGAUGUGUUAGGAGUAACGAUAAUUUUGGUUGUUACGGUCCUCUUCAUGAUGGGAUUGGAGAAAUCGUCAACCAUUUCAAUUUUACUUUUCGUGGUGCUACUGUGCAAUUUCGGCUUUUUCACGAUGAUUGGCAGUUUCCACACAGUCAACAAAUUUCAGACGUGGAUCGAUUCCUUCAAAAUACAUUCUCCAAGAACGGUACUAAAAGCAUCUGCAAUAUGUUACUACGCUUUCGUUCACAAGUUGCCUCUAACCUCGAAAAACAACUGCUUAAAAAUAUUAACUUUGUUUUUCAAUCCGGUCCUGUUCUACUCUGUGAUUGCUAUUAUAUUUUCUCUAAUGACGCACUACCGGGAACUUAUAGGUACUGCUAUUCCUCUGAUACAAGUUUUCGAAAACCGAGAUGUUGAUUGGGCCAGGCCUGUAAUAGCUGUUUUUACAAUUUGUGUAGUAUGUUUACUGUUGCCCGAAGUAUUGCCAAGUGUUUUUAACUCCUUUGUACGGUUGGCAAGCAGAGAAUGGAGGGUAUUUGUCAGUUCUAUCCAGUAUCAAAGUCCAGUAACUGGAGCUCCUGUAUUAGCAAUAUUUGCAGCAGGUAGUUUGGCCGCCAUUUUGGCAUUUGCAUGUCCCUUAAGUCAUCUGAUUAAACUUCUAAACGCUGCAUGUUUAAUCAAAUGUGUACUAAACUCUUGUCAAAUACUCUACAACAGGUACAAACCUGAAAAUAUGUACAACGACUUACAAGGCUGUAGUUCGAACAUACAGUACAGCAAACUAGCCCAGGGUACAAACAGAACAUCUUCAAAAAAUCACAACCAUUCUCUGAAAGAACGCCUAAAGAAUAUUUUUACAAAGAAACCCCAGUAUAUUCAUAAAUUAAGUUCUCCAAAAACUGCAAUGUGUAAUGCAAGAAAAUUACGCCAAAACACAAAGGAACAUGGAGAAGAAAGAGAAUUUUUGUUGUUUGAUGAUACAGCAAAUUUAGAUAUGGCUGCUGAUGACAGUAAUUCAGAAAAUGAGGAGAACGAGAUGGAAAUUCUUUCUUGUAGUGAUGGAGAAAAUUCUGAUAGUUCCACUGACAUCGACGUUAUAGUCGAGGAAUAUAAAGAAGGUCUAAGAGUAGCAGCCGUAGGAAAAUUCAACGAAAGGAGGCCUUCAACAAAAACAACGUCCAUCGUAGUGAUAAUGUGCAUAGUUUUAAUCAUACUGGCAUCGAUAAGUAUAGCCCUGUAUAUUUUUCAUAUCAUUCGUUUUUACUGGCCGGAUAUUUUAGCAAUUGUAGGUAGCGCUUUAGUUAUAAUGGGCUUGCCUGAAAACACAGCAGAAAAAUCAAAACCUUGCUUGCUACCAUCGUGGAUAUUUGCACUUUCCCAUUCAACAUCGAUAGCUGUAAAUACGAUUUUGUCAGCCAUGAUUGUUGGGAACGUGUGGCAAGGGGUAGUCUUUUGGACACUAUCAGGUUUACUGUUGUACUGGCGUUGCGAGUGCUGCCAGUGCGAAAUUCUGGAACCUCUGGUUGCCAGAACCACAGCCAAAAUCGAACCCCAGGCAGUCUUCUACGAAUACAAAGAGACCAUGCCAGAAAACAUAAUUUUGGCCAGAUGACAUCAGGAUUUCCUGGAUGACGAAAAUCUACU